GGAGAAAUCUGGAAAGUGGGCUGAAGAAAUUCGGAGUUCUCAGCUUCGUGCGAGAACUGGAUGGCAAUGACGAAAAUCAGUGUGAUCAGUAUUUGAAAGAUGUCAGCAUGUACGCUAGAGUGGUGAUUUUGAGUGUUCGUGGAGCACUCGUCAGGAAAUUCAUGCUCGCUGCACAAUCCCUAGGAAUGACAAAAGGAGACUGGACAUUCUUGGAUGUUGAAAUUGUGCAGGGAUCCUACUGGGGAGACCACAAUUGGGAAGUCGGGGACAAAUUUGACAGUGAUGCGCGGAAGGCUUACGAGGCGCUCUUGAGGGUGUCUCUGCUCGAACCCACAAGCCCUAAGUUCCAGGACUUUGCUGAAGUCGUUCGCCAGAGAGCACAAAAUGAGUACAACUACACGUACUCAGACGACGAAGAUGUAAAUUUCUUUGUGGGAGCGUUCUAUGACGGAGUGUACUUGCUAGGCAUGGCAUUGAACGAGACCCUUACAAAAGGCGGCGACAUUCACGACGGAAAAGCGAUUACAAGAUUAAUGUGGUCCAGAGACUUUCAUGGUAUCACUGGCCACGUGCGCAUAGAUGAUAAUGGGGACCGAGACGCGGACUACUCCGUGCUCGAUCUGGAUCCAAUUACGGGGCAAUUUGAGGUGGUGGCGCACCACUAUGGCGAGACGAAAAAAUACAACCCCGUUCCUGGCAAGCGCAUCCACUGGCCUGGAGGUAAAGACGGCCCCCCAGCGGAUGUCCCUCCUUGUGGUUUUAUGGGCAACGACCCCGAUUGUAACUCUGGAGAAAUGCUUUCAAUUGUAAUUUAUGGAGUCGUUGCAUUUUUCUCCUUAGUCCUUACCGUUCUGGUGUUAGCAUGCUACGCGAGCAGACAAAUGAAAGAGGCGGCUGAUCUGAACAACAUGAGCUGGAGGGUGAGGCCUGAGGAGGUUCUUUUAGAGGUCAGUAGACAAUUUUCCUCGAGGCUGGCUCUUCAAAAAACCACAGAGAUAUUUGAGCCGGCAUUGAGGGAGCGUUUGCAUUGCAGGAGACGCUCCGACGAUUCGACAAGUUCUCUCCUCCCAUCGCAGGUCUACACCACGGUUGGGAUUUACAAGGGCUCAAGAGUAGCAAUAAAAAAAAUUGUCAAAAGGAAAGUCGAUAUCAAUAAAAAGUUACUUAGAGAGGUGAAGCAAGUUCGAGACGUCACACACGAAAACACGGUGAGAUUCAUUGGAGCCUGCAUCGAGUGUCCGUACGUCUUGAUACUAACUGAGUACUGCCCAAAAGGGAGCCUCAAGGACGUACUCGAGAACGAAGCUUUGAAAUUGGACUGGAAUUUUCGCAUGUCACUCAUCCACGAUAUCGUUAAGGGAAUGGCUUUCUUACACGGAUGUGAGGUGGGUGUGCAUGGCAAACUCCGGUCUGGCAAUUGCCUCAUUGAUGGCCGAUUUGUGCUGAAACUUUCGGACUUUGGUCUUGUCACGCUCACAACACCAACAGAAGUUUUCAAAGACUUAUCAUACUACACGAAACUUCUGUGGGUCGCGCCAGAGCUCUUGCCUCAGACUGUGAUAUUAGGUCAACCUGCCACCCAGAACGGAGAUGUGUAUAGUUUUUCUAUCAUUUUAGAAGAAUUAGUCGUCCGAGGCGGCCCUUACGAAGUUGCAAAACAAAAUUUUACUGUUCAAGAAAUUCUGGAAGCGGUGGCUAAGCGGGUGAACCCUCCUUUCAGACCAGACAUCACUGGAUAUGACUGUCCCAGUGACAUCAAAGAGCUGAUGGAGAAGUGUUGGCAAGACAAUCCAGAUGAUCGACCUACCUUUGAAAACAUCCGGCAGGUUAUUAGGCGGGCAAUGAGAGGUUACUGUCCAAAUUUAAUGGACGAUUUACUGAGGCGUAUGGAACAAUAUGCCAAUAAUCUCGAAGCUCUUGUUGAGGAGAAGACCGAGCAAUUUAGCAUGGAAAAACGUCGCUCAGAGGAGCUUCUCUACCAAGUGCUCCCUAGGCCGGUGGCACAGCAACUAAUGGCAGGUGAAAUGGUGGAGCCGGAGCAAUUCGAGUGCGUUACCGUUUAUUUUAGUGACAUCGUUGGCUUCACAACUCUGUGCGCCCAAAGUUCACCCAUGCAGGUUGUUAACCUAUUAAACGACUUGUACAGCACAUUUGAUCGAGUUAUUGGAUUUUACGACGUCUACAAGGUUGAGACUAUUGGGGACGCAUAUAUGGUCGUCUCUGGGCUACCAGAGCGUAACGGGGAUAACCAUGCAAGAGAAAUUUCCUUGAUGGCUCUAGCGAUUCUAGAUGCAGUUCAGGCAUUCACCAUUCAGCAUCGCCCUGAAGCUCAGCUGAAAGUUCGCAUCGGAAUCCAUUCGGGCCCUGUAUGUGCAGGUGUUGUCGGGCAAAAGAUGCCUCACUACUGCCUUUUCGGCGAUACUGUCAAUACAGCAUCAAGAAUGGAAUCUGCAGGCCAGCCUUUGCGAAUCCACGUCAGUUCGGCGACACGCGAAAUCCUGGAGACCUUCAAAACAUUUCAUCUUGAGCUCCGAGGAGAGGUGGAGUUAAAGGGGAAAGGAAAUAUGGUAACCUACUGGCUGGUGAGCUGUGCUGAGGCUGACCUCCGACCUCCAACCCCGUUCCGUUGCAGCGACACCGCCACCGCUGACACGAACCCUUACCCUCUCAUCUUCCCUGAGCUGAGUCUCCCAUCGAAAUGACUUAGCGAUUUGCUUGGAUGCGCGGUAUCAUCUUUAAUUUUUUUUUUUUCAAUCAGCGAACAUUUAUUGUCUUCCAUGAGAUACCUACUGUUGUACGAUUUCUUGCAACAAUCAAAGAAAAAACAAAAAUUACUUACCUACAGCCCUAGAAAAAAAAAUACAUACCUGUCACUGCUGAACGAUAAAAACAGUCGAGCAACUUCCUCAUGUUUUGGAACAAACGGUCGAUGGGCGGCAGAGAGUGGCAGGCAGAUCAUUUUACGAUUCAAGGGUGAGAGGUGUAGCGAGAAAAAGUGAGAACUUGUACGAUCACGAUCGUCAGAAAGCAAGCUCUGGAAAGGAUCGAGCCUCAGCAGAUCAAGCCACAAUUGUAGGGUGCCAGAUGCUCGUCGGGAUGCCUUGGGUUCGGGCGCCAACACACUUGAAGUGCGUACUCAAAAAAAUAAUGAGGUGAUUUUCCUGAAGUAAGGACAGGAUUAGCAGUAAGGAAUAAUGAGAGUAAAUUUGAACAUACUAGUCAAUUUUAUUGACGAGAAAAGAAAAAAAUUUCUUAAGCACAAUUACAAACUUAAAUUUCUCAAAAAAAUAAACUAAAUGCGAGAUCAGAAUAGGAUGAUUGAAGACGAAUGAGUUGAUCGGAUUGAUUUUGUUGGAUUUCUGCUUAGAAAUACUUUAAAAGAAACGGUAAAAGGGACAUUUAAUGUUUUCAAACUUUCGAAUGAAUUUCUCUCUUGUUUAUUUAUUUGAGCAUAAAUUUUUCAGACAACUGGUGCUACUCACUAGGUACGUGCACUCAAUCUUGAAUGGCGGAUUUAAGGUUCAAAAUAAAUAUUUUCAAAAUAAAUUCAAAUAGCGACCAAAACCCCAGGUGCUACUCACCACGUGCAUACUUGGACUUUGACACGCUAUGAGGGAUUUAAUUUUGAAAGUGCAAAAAUUUAAUUCAACUAAAUACAAAUUUCUUUCGUAACGAAA